AUGAGGAGUAUUGUGUUCAGUUUUAGUAAGAUCGCAUCCUCAGAAAGAGUACAAGUGGAAACAGGUGAACAUGGAACAGAAUUCAGCUAUUCCCUUAAUAAAUCAACCAAUUCUAACUUUUUUAUGAUUGAAUUGCCCAUGUCAAAAAAUAUUUCCUACACUGUGAGUGAGUUCAUCCUCUUGGGCUUCCCUUGCCGCUGGGAAAUAAAAAUCUUCUUUUUUUCCAUAUUCUUUGUGACUUACAUCCUGACCCUCCUUGGAAACAUGGCCAUCGUGUGUGCGGUGCGCUGGGACCGCCAGCUCCACAGCCCAAUGUACAUUCUGCUGGCCAACUUCUCCUUCCUGGAGAUCUGCUAUGUCAACUCUGAUGUGCCCAACAUGCUGGCCAACUUCCUCUCCCAGACAAAAACCAUCUCCUUUGCUCAGUGCCUGCUCCAGUUGUACUUCUUCUUCUCAUUGGGCACAACCGAAUGCUUAUUUCUCUCCAUCAUGGCCUAUGACCGGUUCCUGGCAAUCUGCCGCCCCCUGCACUACCCUACCAUCAUGACUAUUAAGUUCUGCAGUAGCCUGGUCAUCUUCUGCUGGGUGUAUGGUUUCCUCUGGUUUCUGAUCCCAGUGAUACUUGUUACCCAGCUACCAUUUUGUGGCCCAAAUGUGAUUGAUGACUUUCUGUGUGACCUGGGUCCUCUGCUGGCCCUGGCUUCGGCCUGUGUUCCAAUUCCUGGGACUGUUCUCAUAUGUAGCACCAUGAGCUCUCUCCUCAUUUUUGCCACCUUUUUCUACAUUAUUGGCUCCUACACCCUGGUGCUGAAGGCCGUAAUGCAGGUGCCCUCAGUUGCUGGCCGGAAGAAGGCCUUCUCCACCUGCUCCUCACAUCUGGCCGUUGUCUUACUAUUCUAUGGUUCUGUCAUGAUGACAUAUGUGAGCCCAGGGUCAGGGCAAGCAGAAGGCAUGCAGAAGUUCACAACUUUGUUCUACUCAGUUUUGACCCCUUUUUUCAACCCCAUGAUCUACAGCCUUCGGAAUAAAGAAAUGAAGACUGCCUUGAAGAAAGUUCUAGGAGGUUCCUAA